GCCGGCAGCAACCCGCCGAGCCUCCCGCUCCUGUCACUCCCGGGAUGCCGCUGCUGGUUAGCAAUUACAGCUGGCAGCAGACCAAGACUGCGGUCUUCCUCUCCUUGCCCCUCCGAGGCGUCUGUGUCAGAGACGCGGACGUGUUCUGCACCGAAAACUAUCUCAAGGUGAACUUUCCUCCAUUUUUAUUUGAGGCAUUUCUCUAUGCUCCCAUAGACGAUGCAAGCAGCAAAGCAAAGAUUGGGAAUGACACUAUUGUUUUUACUUUGUAUAAAAAAGAAGCGGUCAUGUGGGAGACGCUUUCUAUGUCAGGUGUGGACAAAGAGAUGAUGCAGAUAAUAAGAGAAAAAUCUAUUUUACAAGCACAGGAGAAAGCAAAGGAGGCUACAGAAGCAAAAGCUACAGCAAAGCGAGAAAAUCAAAAAUAUACACUAAAUGUCAUGAUGCAGAUUGAAGAAGAAGAGAGGAAGAAGAUAGAAGAUAUGAAAGAAAAUGAACGAAAAAAAGCAACUAAAGAAUUGGAAGCCUGGAAAGAGUGUCAAAGAAAAGCUGAAGAACGAAAAAGAAUUCAGAAAGAAGAGAAAUUAUGUCAACAAGAAAAGCAAAUUGACGAAGAAAGAAAAAAAUUAAGACAUAAAAAUCUCAUUAAAAAUUCAACAUCUAAAAAUCUUGCCACAAAAGGGAGAAAUUCAGAAAAUAUAUUUUUGGGGAAGUUAAAGGAAGACUGUAUUCCUGCACCUCGCUCUGUUGGAAAUAUUAAAAUCAACUUCACCCCUCGAGUAUUCCCAACUGCACUCCGUGAAUCAAAAGUAGCAGAAGAAGAGGAGUGGCUACAUAAACAAGCUGAGGCACGAAAAGCAAUGAAUACUGAUAUCCCUGAAUUUUUCGACUUAAAAGAAGACGAAAAGAACCCAGAAUGGUUAAAGGAGAAAGGAAACAAAUUGUUUGCAACAGAGGACUAUUUGGCAGCUAUUAAUGCAUACAAUUUAGCCAUAAGACUGAAUAACAAGAUUCCUCUAUUAUAUUUGAAUCGGGCUGCUUGCCACCUAAAACUAAAAAACUUACACAAGGCCAUUGAAGAUUCUUCUAAGGCUCUGGAAUUACUGACACCACAUGUUGCAGACAAUGCUAAUGCAAGAAUGAAGGCACAUGUACGACGUGGAACAGCAUUCUGUCAACUGGAAUUGUAUGUAGAAGAUGCCCAUUCAGCUUUACUCAAUGAUUAA